AUGCCGGCGGCGGGGCGGCUCGGGAGCGGCGCGGCGCUGUGGCUGCUGUUGGCGGCCCGGACGGUGGCGGCGAUCGACCCCAUCAGCGUGAGCGUCGCCCUCGGGGCCGCGUCGGUCCUCACCGGCCUCGUAACCUACACGGACCUGUACUGUCGCUUCGCCGAGUGCUGCCCCAAGAAGCAGCGGCUCAACGAGACCGCCCUCAAGCUGGAAUUGGAGGAGAAACUGUUUGGGCAGCAUCUGGCCACAGAGGUGAUUCUCAAGGCGCUGACUGGCUUCACGAACAACAACAAUCCCAGGAAACCACUGACUCUUUCCUUACACGGCUGGGCUGGCACGGGCAAGAAUUUUGUGAGCCAAAUUGUGGCUGAAAAUCUUCAUGCAAAAGGCCUGAAGAGUAACUUUGUCCACCUGUUUGUAUCAACUCUGCACUUCCCUCACGAGCAGCAGACAAAACUGUACCAGGACCAGUUACAGCAGUGGAUUCGGGGCAACGUGAGUGCCUGUGCAAGCUCCGUGUUCAUAUUUGAUGAGAUGGACAAAUUGCACCCUGGGGUCAUCGACGCAAUCAAGCCGUUUCUAGACUACUAUGAGCAGAUUGAUGGUGUGUCUUACCGGAAGGCGAUCUUCAUCUUUCUCAGCAACGCAGGUGGGGACCUCAUAACUGAGACGGCCCUGGAGUUCUGGCGGACAGGAAGGAAGCGGGAGGACAUUCAGCUGAAGGACAUGGAGCACGUGCUGUCUGUCGGCGUCUUCAACAAUAAGCACAGUGGCCUGUGGCGCAGCAGACUGAUAGACAGAAACCUCAUCGAUUAUUUUAUCCCCUUCCUGCCUCUGGAGUACACACACGUGAAGAUGUGUGUGCGGGCAGAGAUGAGGGCCCGCGGUUCUGCUGUAGAUGAAGACAUUGUCACCAGAGUGGCGGAUGAGAUGACGUUUUUUCCCAAAGAUGAAAAAAUCUACUCAGACCGGGGCUGCAAGACUGUGCAGUCGCGGCUGGAUUUUCAGUGACCCCCCACCCGAGCAGGGGAGGAGGCGGCAGGGAGCUCAGCAAGCCAGGACCUGGCCUUUCGGAAGCACUUUGAAGACCCCAUCAGGGUUUGCACAUUUGCACCUGUGGAUUUUCGAGAUCUAGAAGUUUCUAAGAGUUGAUUUUUGACAAGCCACUAAUCUGCCAAGUGCAAUUGUCAUUUUGCAACAUGGUAGCAACUGUUGCAGUUGAAGAUGAACUUUUUAAAUCCACGUCCCCACACCACACUCCUUACUGACCUGGACAGAAGUGCCUUGAAAACACUGAGACCCAGGACUCUUCCGACCUCGGGAGCUACUGUCGCGGCUGAGGUUCAGGGGCCUGCCACAAGCUGGGAGCAGUACGUUCUCACCUGCUGAGAAUGUUUUUCUGCUCUGGUUCUUUCUUUAUACAGAGAGCAUCCCCCGACGAAGUAUUUUUUCAGUUAAAAUUGGUGGCACCUUCGGGCGCAGGCAGCACCCUGUGGGAGGACAUGGGUGGGGCUCUAUCCUCGGCCUCUGCGCAGAUCAGGACAGACAGGACCUGGCAGCCUGGCUGUCACUCUGGCUGCUUGUGGUGUCCUCCGCUCACCUCUCCCUGUAGCACUGCUACUGAAUGUCCGUCACCACUACAUGCCCCCACCACUUCGUCGCUGCAGCUGAACCAGACAGAGAGCCUUGGUUUUGAGCCCUUGGUUGCCACGGUGAGACGUUUGUCUAUUACAGUUUAUAUGUGGGCCAGGCUCUGGCUUUACUCCACAGAACCAUUUGAAAUACUGAGGCACGCUCGUCUCUGUGGAUGCCAGGCGCCCGGACCGAGUGGCUAGCUUGCAGGCCUGGCACUGCCAAGGUGAAGUGUGGUACGCUGGAAACGCUACGAGUUUUAAGGGUGUGCAUAUUUUUAUAAUGUUUUUACUUCUGAAUCUUAGAGAAUACAAAUAUAGGACACUUCUUAUUUUAAAACAGGAAGGACACAAAUGGAAUAAUUAUUCUUUUAUCAGAAACUCUAAAAACAAAUGGUAUAAUUUAUUGUCAAAUGAAUGGUAAUGUAUGCUCACAAUUACAGAACAAAGUGGCUUAGUGUGAAGUUGUGGCUGGUGUUGGUGUCGUCUGAUAACGACACCCUCUGUGGCAGUGCCAGGCUGGACUGCCCUGGUCAUUGGGAAAUCAGGGGAGUCCAGCCAGCGUGGAUUGUUUAUCUCGUAGUUGCAGUGGGACUACAGAUGUAAUCAGGGCGUGCAGCCUUUUUAUGUAGAUGGGGGAAUAAUAUUCUAUGACAUGGAAGGCCUUGUAGAGGAUCACGCUUAGUCUUUUAAAAAUGCCAAGGCGAGGCUUAAAUUUUUUAGUACAAAUGGUCAAAUUGGAGCUAAGUGAACAUUUUGUUUAUCACUUUUUGGGUGUCUGGUCAGGAGGAGACAGGCAAGAUUUUGUCUACAAUGAUGCAAUUAAUUCCACACGUGUCGGCCACCUUUGGACUGCUGGUACUGAUCUGUAACUUGAAUAGGCCACGUUGACCGUGGCCCAGCCUCCUCCACCCCACAAGAUGUAGACAGGAGCUUCAAUUGACCUAGUGAAUAUAAAAUAAUAAAGCCAAAAUUUUAUCCCAUGAGAUGUCAUUUGCAAUUUUUCCCCCUAGUUUAUGUAUUUGGUAACUGAAAGUUUAAGCUUGGAGUAAAGGCUCAGCCCCUCAGGCGCUGGGCUCACUGCGCCCUGCGCGUGCUGGUCGGCAGUCUGCAGCCCGGAGCCGGUGUUCACCGAACAGCGGUCAUCCCGGCAGUUCAGCGGGAUUAGAUGAUGGACUCACCCGUCUUACUUUCGUGGAUGGAGACAGUACCAGAUGGAGCA